AUGACUCAAUGCCAUCAACGUCUGAAUCAAAUACAAAAGCAAUAUCAUCUUAAUAUACUGAAAAGACAACUCUAUAUUUUCAUUGAUAAAUAUGAUGAUAGUAUGAAUGCUGUCCUUAAAAACCAGCCACUACUCCGAGAUCUUUCUAUUCAUAACAAAAUUAAAGCAGAAGCCAAAAUUAAAUUAAUGGAAAAUUCGUUUAAACGAUUUUUCAGUAUGUUAAAGACUGCUUGUGAUGAAUCCAUAGCUCGUAUUUUUCUAACUGGUGUGACUCCUUUCGUUAUGGCUGAAUUCACCUCAGGUUUUAACAUUUCAGAAAAUUUGACACUAAAAAAAGGAUUUUGGGACUUGUAUAGAUUUAAGAAAUCAGAAAUUGAGUUUCUCUUAAAUAAGAUUUUUGGAAAUAGUUUAUCAGAUAAUAUUAAAAAGGAAAUAAUGUUUUUGUUAAAGAAGGAAAAUGAUGGGUAUUUUUUUCACUGUAAUCAACCUGAAGGAAUUUACAACCCUGCACGUAUCCUAUACAGUAUCAGACAAUUGAUGUUCCAAAAGAAAGAAAUGGAUGUUGGUCAGGAUCCUUCAGUAAUUUUUACUACACUUAAUAAUUUCCCUUUUGACCUACAAACAUUGCCUGCUCAAACAAUAUUGGACUUAAUAGUUAACAAUCCUCUUGGAAAAUCCAUUCUUACUGAAGCACUCAAUCGACGUCCUCUCAAUUCUAAACAUGGCAUAGAACAACGAUUUCAACUCACCAAUAUUCGUGAACUACCAAUUAAUCGUAUUUCAUUAUUAUCAUUCAUGUUCUAUAAUGGAGCUAUCACAUAUCAACCAAACUCAUCACCUGCAUCAUUACAACACAAUUUUGAAAUACCAAAUUGUGUUGCUAAAAAAGAGUUUAUUACAGAGGCAUUUAAGAUUUAUGGUUGGAAAGAAGAGGAUUUAAUACCUGUACAUCCGUUAUUGUCUGCAAAUUUUGGAGGCAGAAUAUAA